UGUUCCUCAGAGCUGCAGACAAAGACCAAAGUGACAGUGCUGGAGGGAGACAUUCUGGAUGCCCAGUACCUGAGGAGAGCCUGCCAGGGUAUCUCUGUUGUCAUCCACACUGCUGCCGCCAUUGACACCUUGGGUACCAUUUCCAGACAGACUGUGAUAGACAUCAACCUGAAAGGUACCCAGAACCUGUUGGAGGCCUGUGUCCAGGCUUGUGUGCCAGCCUUCAUCUACACCAGCACAGUUGAAGUUGCGGGGCCCAACUCCUACAAGGACAUCAUCCUAAAUGGCAAUGAGGAAGAGCAACAUGAAACUACAUGGUCUCAUUCAUACCCAUACAGCAAAAGGAUGGCUGAGAAGGCAGUGCUGGCAGCCAAUGGGUCCACCCUGAAAAAUGGUGACACUUUCCACACUUGUGCCUUAAGGCCCAUGUACAUCUAUGGGGAGAAAAGUCCAUUCACUUCUAACACAAUGAUCAGGGCCCUCCAAAAUAAUGGUAUUUUGGAUAUUACUGGAAAAUUUUCCACAGUUAACCCAGUGUAUGUGAGUAAUGUGGCCUGGGCACACAUUCUGGCUGCCAGGGGCCUACAAGACCCCAAGAAGUCACCAAUCAUCCAAGGGCAGUUCUACUACAUCUCAGAUGACACCCCUCACCAAAGCUAUGAUGAUUUAAAUUAUGCCUUGAGCAAGAAAUGGGGCUUCCGCCCUAAUUCCAGUUGGAGGCCUCCUCUGCCCCUGCUGUACUGGCUUGCCUUCCUGCUGGAAACUGUGAGCUUCCUGCUGCGUCCAAUCUACAAUUACCAGCCUCCCUUUAACCGCCAUUUGGUCACACUCUCAAAUAGCGUGUUCACUUUCUCCUACAAGAAAGCUCAGCGAGAUCUGGGCUAUGAACCCCCUGUCAGCUGGGAGGAAGCCAGGGAAAAAACUUCAGAGUGGAUUGGGUCACUAGUGGAGCAGCACAAGGGGACACUGAACAUAAAGACUCAGUGAUGUAACCAUCACAGUGACAAUGGCAGGGGCAUGGCCCUGGGUGCUGUCAGGAAAUAGUUGUCAGGUUCUCUAGAAGGGACAUAGGCACAACCCAGGUCCUACUGCCUCCCUUUGACACAGAGACCAACUUAGUGUCUUCCUCAAGACACCAGCAGCUUUGCCAAUCCCUGGUCCAGCCACAGGCUUUCUUCCCUCAACACCUGCCCAGUGACACACUUGUGGCUGUGCCUCAGCUCCUAGUUCCAAACUACUCAGCACCUCUUGUACCUUAGAGCUCUCUCCAAUAGCUUCAUCUCCUCAUGAAAGGCAUUUCUCAUCUUUGGAAAAUACCCAUUACUUUAUGAAAUGCAAUCAAGGGAACAAUAAAUAUUUGUUAAUACCUCA